CCUUUCGCUUGCCUGUCCCCUCCCACUAACACCAGUCGCGACCACCCAUCGGCUGUUGACAAACCGUGACUUGCCCCGCCCCUGCGACACCGCGUCAUAUUAAAGGCCGCCAGCCCUCUUCCUUUUGAGUGUCGCCAGCGGGCUGUGGGGGAGGACCCCCUGCGUCAACGGACCGUCUACAGCGCUUGGCUGCCAUCCACACCAUUCGCCAGCUCACCUGUUCAUGCGUACGUGUGCGCGUGCGUGUGUGCAGUGUUGUCAUCGCUUGAAAGCCACCAAACUACAAACUCACCAGCGCCGUCUGGCGGUGUACACGCACACGGAAGAAGGAGCACUGGAGUGACCCUUCUCAGAAGCCAUCACCACCACCCCAGUAUCCAUCGAAGAACGGGAGGCAACGGAAGGUCCAGCGACAAGGAGGACGUCUGACCGGAGUCUUCCCUUUCUGUACCCAAACGCUGGCUACAGGUGAGAGCGUCUGACGCUUGCCAGCAGUCAGUCCUUUUGAUCGCAGCGUGAAGGCCAGGUGUCGUGCGGUCGCUGUCAAAGAGGCCGCGCGGGAUGAUCAGCGUGCUCUACUCCAGCCACCCGGCCGCACCUCGCACACAAGUCCCGGGGUCGUGACCUCGUCUCUCGCGAUCGAGUAGCACGCCGGGACCUCACAGCGCUCUUGCAUCUUGCGGCGCAGCGUGGGACGACAUUGGGGUGUCGCCAGGGGGAAUUUUCCGCCUGCUUACGGACAUUAGCUGCGGUGCCUUGACGUCAUCAUUAGCGGGUCUCAUGCCAGGGAAGAUAGGGAAAGGUCUGUGCCGGCGCCGACGAGAUUGGUUUAAUUGACGUGAGCUUGCUCUUCGGGGUGCAUUUUUUCCUUUGCAUGUUGGUGUGUAAUCAUGCUGAGCUUGUCUCAGGGGUGAAAAGCGUUUCAGGUGCAAAAUGUAACGGUGGAUGUAAUUGUGGACCCUUGACAUCGACAACAUCAACAGCAACAUCAAUCUGGACAAGCGCUGCAAAUGUUGUGACGACCCGGUUGUGACAGUCGUAAAGCCGACGUCUUCUGGACUUCACGUUCUGUUGCGAUGACAACGAUGAUAGCUCAGCCUUCCGUGGUUCUGCCAGGCUUAGCCUUGGAUCGAUCUCAGCACCGCAGUCAGCAAGCCUCAGCACCACAUCAGCAACAACAACAAAACGACGACACCAUCAACCUCCUGCAAUUCAUCGACAUGGCUUCCAGCAACAUCAAACUAGCCCUCGACAGACCCAAGAGCAAGCGCAAGGUCAACCAUCGUAAGUACCUGCAGAAGCAACUCAAGCGCUGCGGUAGCCAGUCCGGCAAACGUAGUGGGGAUUCGCCGAGGGGAGAGGGAUCCAGCGGAGGCGGUGGUGGAGAGCCUGCGGCUGGUUGCAGCAACCUCCGAUGCGCUCGCAAGAUGACUUCGCAGGUGGGUCUUCAGAUCAAGUCCCUGCAAGCCCUCUUCGACCCCAAGACAGAGUCUUGACAGUAACUGCUGCACACCCCUGUCGGCAAGUCGACCCUAAGCCCCAAGGCGCCCCUCCGCUGCCGCAACCUGCCGCCAUCUUUCUUCGUGGAGCCCGGGCUCAGAGCCAGCGACGUGCCUGACCGUAUCGGCGUCAUGCUGUCGUCUGACACUGGUGAUGUUGUUGGAGGUAGCGUGCGCGAGGUGAGGGACCCUACACAGCUGCAGAAGACACCGCAUCACACUUCUCCGUACUUGGACACUGGCAGAUGCUCGGUUCCUUUCUCAGCGUUACCCACAGACACCCUGGAGUCCAUCCUGGGUCAGGCUGACCUGAGCGAGCUGCUUUCAGGGCGCUGGCAGCAAGGGAGAGACUCCAACCACACUCCCUGUGACGGCAGCGUGGGCACAUCCAGCCCCAGGUCUUUCUCCGACUCCUCCGACGCCUACUGCACCUCGUCACCACGCCCGUCCUCAACCCAGAGCCGGAGUCCCUCCUGGUCACCGUGCCUACCCGCCGGGUCCCUCGGUUCGUCCUUCGGGACUUACAUGACUCCCAGCUUGGAAGAAGGUGUGACAGGGAGGCAUCUGGACCCUGGAGGAGGGUACUUCCUUCAACAACAACAGCAUCACCAGCAGCAUCAUUCCAUGCAGCCACAUCAUCAUCAACAGCCGGAGAGACUUUCACACGUUGCUCAGUUACAGCCAGAGAGACAUCCAGCGGACCAGCCACUCCUCCAUCAGCCACAACAAACACUGCAGACGCUACCCUCACAGCCAGUUCAGCAUCAGCAGCGACAUCAACAGAAACAACAACAGCAGGAACACUAUAAACUGUCUUCACAGGACGCAAACAUUCCCGCUGAUCUUAUUUUCAGGGGUGACUUCGUGACUCCGACCACAGCAUAUUUUCACGAACUCCCGCAACAACCCCACCAGCACCUGCAACAACAACAUCAAGGCUUCGCGGAGACUCACGAGCUGCUGACCUUCCCGCAGAUCUUUCCUUCCGGCGAGUCGGGUCAAGGCUACAACAAUGGCGACUUUGGAAGCUGGCAGAGUUUACAACCUGAUUCCUUCUUUCCGUAUAUGAGUUGAAACAAGACAACAAGUAUUUACUUUAGUGCAUGUGAUGAAGAACCAUUUCACCCACGACAGCUCAGCUUCUGAAAGACUGACAUAAGUGAAUCUCUUCGUGUUUGUCAUAUGGGAUCAAAAAGUUUCUCAUUCUGGAGAAAAAAAACUUUUUUUCCCUUAAACUCAAGACCUCAUCGUUUGUUGUUGAUGACUAACGCAGCCCACGAUUAUCUCGUAUACAUUCAUGGAGGAAAAACUACUUUGUAAGUGCUCAUUUCAAUAAAUUCUGUUAAAGAAGUACAGUUAUACCAAUGCAAAAUUCAAAUUAAUGUUUAAUUAUCAAUCACUGAUUGACAGCUCAGUUACAAACACUGUGAGUGACAUUUCCCGGGAUUCGUUAUCAGUGAGAGUUAAUCAGCAUGGAAGUGGCUUUACUUUUAGAAAUUAUAAAAGCGACUAGACAUUUUUUAAGUGUCACACAAUAUUUAAAACUUUUAAUGACUUUCUGUUAUAAUUUCCGCCAUCGCGUCCUCCAUAUAAACAUUGCGAGAAUACAGAAGAUGGAGAAGGUGGAAGAAAAAAGUGUUUGCGUAACUGAAGUUCCAUUUGAGUGGCCAAGGCCGUAGUGAGAGAGAAGGAUAUGCCACAGUUGUCCUACAAAGCAACUUUUAUGAGCUCAUCGUGAUGAAAUGCAAAUUCCACACUAUGAAACUUAUGAAUAAACGAACACGCGCAAGCUUAUAUAUUAUUCUUCCUCCCAUUUCGCGGGGUACGGGGUGGCGGCGAGAAGAGGUUUUCCUGCUGUUUCAGCACCCACCCCUCUUCUUUACAGCUACUGUGUAGGGCAGGACUUUUAUUUUGUAUCCCAGAUUAUUAUACACGACACUACCUGUGUUGGCGAUGUUGACUACACUAGAGUUUCGCUGGCGAAGUUUUAUUCCAGUGGUAGUUAACACAGGGCAACCACGAAUUUUAUACACACUGGAUUCAUGGAUAAAUAUAAAAAUGUAUUGACUGCGUGUUCGUAAAUCUGUAAUUGUUAUUAUUAACUUCCACAAAAGUAAUUUACAUAUCAUACGGCAUUUCUGUCUGGGGAUUGUGUGCUCCAGACAGAGAGCCUGUCACUUUGAUGAAAGGACCAUUAGUGUCUGCUUGUGUUGUCAAAGAAACAUGCGCAUAAGUCA